UUUCAUCACCAUGAAUAAUCCAGUUUAUCUUCUCUUCAAAGCCACCAGAGCCAUUAUGCUUCUGCAUUUUCUUCUUCUCUCUCCAGCCUCUUGUUUUAGCACUCAUUCUCUCCGGGGCCUUUUAUUUGAGGAGAAAACCAGGCUGGGAUCCACGCCGCCCAGCUGCCACAACAAGUGCAACCAGUGCCAUCCAUGCAUGGCGGUCCAGGUGCCUACAAUACCCAGCCACGAUCGGGUCGAACCGGGCAUGGCCCGAUCCUUUCCAAUGAUGUUCUUCGACCCAUCUCAUCCGGGUUCCAACAACAAGUACUCCAAUUACAAGCCUCUGGGUUGGAAAUGCCACUGUGGUGAUCACUUCUUCAACCCUUGAGCUACUUCAAGUUCCAUGGGGAAAUUUCAUGUCAAAAUGGAGCUGGGUUUCGUUUAGAUUUGUAAACUACAAUUGAUUUGUGAUUUUUCAGUUGUGAUUUGGGAUUUUUGUAAUUUUGUUUCAGGG